CCGGCCUCCUUCCUCCUGCCCCAAGUCGGACUUGCUGUGUGGCGCCGCUAGUUGACUUUUCUCCUUCUCGCCGAGGAACUACAACUAUCUCACUUCCAAACAUGGACGGCGACAACAUCAUAAUGUCCGCUUGACUCGGGGGGGUUUUCCAAGAUGCCAGGUCUUUUGUCUUGUCCUGGGAGUCUGACAGUCAUCUGUUUUUUAUCUUGGUCACUGUGUCUCAGUGGUGCUCAGAGUUGGACCAAUGAAGUAUCAGACGUGCAGUACGGACGCUUGGACUCUAAUGUGACACUGGCAUGUGGGAAGUCACCAAUUAACAUACCCGCAGUGUGGCAUCUGAAUAACAGCUCAGCGUUGCCAUGGCACCAAGUAACAUCAAAUGGAUCCUUGGUCCUGCUGCACGUCACCCUUUCAGCCCAGGGCGACUACAGCUGCUAUGACAACCGCGGGCUCCUCCUUCACGCCAUCAAACUCCGGCUGGGCCAUCCCCCGGGGCUGCUGAGCAUUUCCUGUCGACUUCCUAAUCACACUUACAUUAGCUGCUCCUGGGCGGAAUCUGUAAAUACUUCUCUUCCAGUCCAGUACAACGCCUCCUUCAGGGGCACCGGUCAGGAGUGGCAGCCAUGCCUCAUGGACACUGUCCACCAGAACUGUUAUGUGGAUCACCCAUCCUUCUGGCAGACCAUUCACACCCUGAGAAUUACUGCCACCAACGUCCUCGGGUCUGAGACCACAUUUGCCCGGUUUAAGUUAGACAAGCUCUUGAAACCUGACCCUCCAGAGUCUGUGUUGGUGAAGGAGGUAGAAGGCCACCCCAAAAAGCUGAAUAUCUCAUGGAACUUUCCCUUCUCUUGGCAGAGAUAUGACGCUUUUCCCUUAAUGUUUCACAUUAGAUACAGACCACAUGGAUCUCUUUACUGGUCCGAGGUUUACACAGAAGAGAGUCAGAUCGUGAUUUUUGAUGCGCUGGCUGGCCACCUUCAUCAGGUUCAACUCCGAACCAGGGAUGAGGUGGACUCUGAGAGCCAGUGGAGUGAUUGGACUCAUCUGCUUUUUGCACGGCCGUGGGAAGACUAUGCAACAUCUGAACCUCCGGAGGAUACUUUUUUGGACAAUUUCUUUUACACCAACACAGAGACGGAGACCUCCACUGCAAAGACUCACAGUCCGCCUCCGCAAGAUGACGGCAAUUUGGGUUUGGUGAUUCUGCUGGUUAUGUUUGCCGUGGUUAUCAUCGCCACCGUCCUUUCUCUCAUCUGUGUGGUGUGGGUGAGGCAGAGGCGGCGUGAACAUGUGACCAAACAGGAACUCACCUCGGUGGUCAAGAUGAAGUCCAUGCCAAUUUGAUGUUGAUGUCAGACAUCAUCUCCUCCUCAGCCCGUUCUAGGGCUGCUCCAUUAAGACAGCAUGCUGACUUCCCGUAUUCAAGUGCAGAGUCCGGUUAGGAUCCACGGAGGCACUAAAGGGCGUCAAGGGUCUGAACAAUGUCAGGUAAGACCGUCAGCGGUCACUUCCCAGCAUGCCGAGGGCCUCCAGGAGGAUAUUUUGUGCUCAUUCGUUAGAAGACGAACUGCGACAGGAAGUCAACUCCAAAAUGCACGUUUGUUUUGGCGAGGAGUUGUGUGCUCAAACUAAGGCGAAGAGGCCUGAAGAAAGGCAGCUGAGGACUUCAAUCCGACAGAUUUUUUUUUUUUUUUUCACUUCCUCUUGUUUGUGGAUGAUGUUCCUUUUUGGUAAUACCUCUUCCUGACCAUUCAUCCACUGAAGACACACACAGAAUGAAGCCUGCUCGCGCCACACCAGCGUUAGAAGAACACAUACCAAGCAAAAAGUGCUCCAAUAAUUCAUGUCAAGUGUCCUAUCAGACAAUCAUUCUGAAAUAUUAUGUGUAAAAUGUAUUCCAGUUGUACUUCAGGACCUCAAUGCGCUUGUCAUCUUUCAAAAAGGAGUACUUUGAAUGGCAUUAUAUAUUUGUUUGAUGCACCUUUGGCUCGUCAGAGGCUCCGCCCAUUUCGGUGCUUCUUGUUUAGUUCUCAUGAGAAUUUAGCAAGAUUUUUUUAGGAACAAAUGAGGAAUUUCGUCCAAAUAAUGUGCUGUAAAACACAAAAAAAAAAAGAGGAAAAUACAAUACAGUUGUCAGGAUCAAACACCAAACUAUCUAUUAAACAAGACAGGAAGCAAAGGAAUCAAACAGAGACAGGAUUCAAUUUAGCUCAUGAGGAGAAACGUCUGGUGCUGCACACUCAGCUACAGCCUCCCGCCACGCUCUGAAGGUAGUCCCAACGCGCUGCUCCUUUAUUUGGGCAUUUUCCGAUUACAUUACGCAGCUGCUUCUAAGGGGAGGGGGUCAUAAACAGUUAAAAGAAAAGGUACCGUAUUUAUCGGAGUAUAAGUUGCACCGGCCGAAAAUGCAUAAUAAAGAAGUAAAAAACAUAUAUAAGUCGCACCGGAGUAUAAGUCGCAUUUUUGGGGGAAAUUUAUUUGAUAAAAGCCAACACCAAGGAUAGACAUUUGAAAGGCAAUUUCAAAUAAAUAAAGAAUAGUGAACAACAAGCUGAAUAAGUGUACGUUAUAUGAGGCAUAAAUAACCAACUGAGUCGCUCCUGAGUAUAAGUCGCAUCCCCGGCCAAACUAUGAAAAAAACUGCGACUUAUAGUCCGAAAAAUACAGUAUUUUGAAUGGCAUUAUAUAUUUGUUUGAUGCACCUUUGGCUCUUCAGAGGCUCCGCCCACUUUGGUGCUUCUUGUUUAGUUCUCAUGAGAGUUUAGCAAGAUUUUGUAGGAACAAAUGAGGAAUUUUUUCCAAAUAAUGUGCUGUAAAACACUAAAAAAAAAAGAAGAGGAAAAUACAAUACAGUUGUCAGGAUCAAACACCGAACUAUCUAUUAGACAAGACAAGAAGCAAAGGAAUCAGAGACAGGAUUCAAUUUAGCUCAUGAGGAGAAACGUCUGGUGCUGCACACUCAGCUACAGCCUCCCACCACGCUCUGAAGGCAGUCCCAACGCGCUCCGCCUUUAUUUGGGCAUUUUCCGAUUACAUUACGCAGCUACUUCUAAGGGGAGGGGGUCAUAAACAGUUCAAAGAAAAGGUACCGUAUUUAUCGGAGUAUAAGUCGCACCGGCCGAAAAUGCAUAAUUAAGAAGGAAAAAACAUCUAUAAGUCGUACUGGAGUAUAAGUUGCAUUUUUUGGGGAAAUUUAUUUGAUAAAAGCCAACACCAAGAAUAGACAUUUGAAAGGCAAUUUAAAAUAAAUAAAGAAUAGUGAACAACAAGCAACUGAGUCGCUCCUGAGUAUAAGUCGCACCCCCGGCCAAACUAUGAAAAAACUGCGACUUUUAGUCCUAAAAAUACGGUAUUUUGAUUUAAAUGGCAUUAUAUAUUUGUUUGAUGCACCUUUGGCUCGUCAGAGGCUCCGCCCACUUCGGUGCUUCUUGUUUAGUUCUCAUGAGAAUUUAGCAAGAUUUUGUAGAAACAAAUGAGGAAUUUUGUCCAAAUAAUGUGCUGUAAAACACUAAAAAAAAAGAGGAAAAUACAAUACAGUUGUCAGGAUCAAACACCAAACUAUCUUUUAAACAAGACAAGAAGCAAAGGAAUCAAACAGAGACAGGAUUCAAUUUAGCUCAUGAGGAGAAACGUCUGGGGCUGCACACUCAGCUACAGCCUCCCACCACGCUCUGAAGGCAGUCCCAACGCGCUGCUCCUUUAUUUGGGCAUUUUCCGAUUGCAUUACGCAGCUGCUUCUAAGGGGAGGGGGUCAUUAACAGUUCAAAGAAAAGGUACCGUAUUUUUCGGAGUAUAAGUCGCACCGGCUGAAAAUGCAUAAUAAAGAAGGAAAAAACAUAUAUAAGUCGCACUGGAGUAUAAGUUGCAUUUUUUGGGGAAAUUUAUUUGAUAAAAGCCAACACCAAGAAUAGAAAUUUGAAAGGCAAUUUAAAAUAAAUAAAGAAUAGUGAACAACAGGCGUACGUUAUAUGAGGCAUAAAUAACCAUCUGAGUCGCUCCUGAGUAUAAGUCGCAUCCCCGGCCAAACUAUGAAAAAAACUGCGACUUAUAGUCCGAAAAAUACGGUAUUUUGAAUGGCAUUAUAUAUUUGUUUGAUGCACCUUUGGCUCUUCAGAGGCUCCGCCCACUUCGGUGCUUCUUGUUUAGUUCUCAUGAGAAUUUAGCAAGAUUUUGUAGGAAGAAAUGAGGAAUUUUGUCCAAAUAAUGUGCUGUAAAACACAAAAAAAAAAAGAAGAGGAAAACACAAUACAGUUGUCAGGAUCAAACACCGAACUAUCUAUUAAACAAGACAAGAAGCAAAGGAAUCAAUCAGAGACAGGAUUCAAUUUAGCUCAUGAGGAGAAACGUCUGGGGCUGCACACUCAGCUACAGCCUCCCACCACGCUCUGAAGGCAGUCCCAACGCGCUCCUCCUUUAUUUGGGCAUUUUCCGAUUACAUUACGCAGCUGCUUCUAAGGGGAGGGGGUCAUAAACAGUUCAAAGAAAAGGUGCCUGGAGCGGUGUCGGGUUUCCCCCCCCUCUCUGCUUUGGAGACCUCGGGUUACAGUUGCAUGUUACUUGCAGAUACAAAGUCUCCGAGGCAGAAGCGUAUUAGAAAGUAUCCAGUAACAAAUGUGUCCGCAUCAUUCGACUUACUGCGUCACGUGCUUAAAUUAAUGAGUUGUUUUGACUACGAGGUGACGCUAACACUACACUACACCGUCAACAGGUUUGUGUUUCUGAGUAACUUCCAUUGGUCAAACCUUCUCUAACAUUGCACACUACAAAAUAAAAGUAUGUAUGAUUUGUGCUGAUCGCAUCGGGUUAAUAUCGGCCAACACUUAAGGAUCCAACAUCUGUAUCGGAAGUGAACAAGUCGUGUCGAGACCAGAGCUGGGUGUGUGUAAAAAUGUAAUAUACACAUUUAGCUGUAAAAAUGUGGGUACCUUUUUUUCAGGAACACCGAUACCAAAAGUCACAAUGUCCGAUAGAGUUCUAAAAAAAAGUUAUGACAGACCCAUCCAUCCAUCCAUUUUCUACCGCUUGUCCCUUUUGGGGUGGCGGGGGGUGCUGGAGCCUAUCUCAGCUGCAUCCGGGCGGAGGGCGGGGUACACCCUGGACAAGUCGCCACCUCAUCACAGGGCCAACACAGAUAUAUUAUUUGUAUAUAUCGGGGGUGUAAAAGUUCACCAAAUCCACGGUGCGGAUGUUUUUACGGUUUUGUGAGAUAGUUUCAGCAUUGUCCACACGUUUAAGUCAGGACUUUGGGAAGGCCAUUCUAAAACCUUCAUUCUAGCCUGAUUUAGCCAUUCCUUUACCACCUUUGAGGUGUGUUUGGGGGUCAUUGUCCUGUUGGAACACCCAACUGCGCCCAAGACCCAACCUCGGGCUUGUCCUGAAGAAUUUUGGAGGUAAUCCUCCUUUUUCAUUGUCCCAUUCACUCUCUGUAAAGCAGCAGUUCCAUUGGCAACAAAACAGGCCCAGAGCAUAAUACUACCACCACCAUGCUUGACGGUAGGCCUGGUGUUUCUGGGAUUAAAGGCCUCACCUUUUCUUCUCCAAACAUAUUGCUGGCUAUUGUGGUCAAACAUCUACAUUUUUGUUUCAGAACUUUCCUCCAGGAGGUCUUAUCUUUGUCCAUGUGAUGUCAGAUGAAACAAAAUUGAGCUGUGGAUGUAAACUUUUGACCAAGACUAAAUAUAUAUAUAUAUAGAACAUUAACAAUAUAUUUUUUCGACAUAAGCUGCAAAAAAAAUAUACAAAUUUUACUUUAAAAACUGGCAGCUCAGACACCAGAAUUUUACAGUAAAAGCAGUGGUUUUUUUUACAGCAUAUAAAACAUGGAAUGGAGAAACCAUACCACUGUUUUUAGCGGUAAAAUUCAAACAAUUUUUUUUUUAAACUGUAAAGUCUUGUUGUUUUAAUGUUUUUUUGUUUGUUCGUUUUUUAAUGUUUUAGUGUCUUACUGUAUAUGGGGGAAAAAAAAACAGUACCAAAGUUGAUUUUACAGUAAAAAAAACUCAGUCAGCCGAAUUUAACCGUAAAAUCUAUUGUCAAUUUUACAGUCUACAAUUUGAUUGUUCAUUUGUUUUAAAAUCAUAAGGCAAGCACACAUUUAAGUACAUUAUUUACCUUCAUUUUAAGAACAAAUAUUUUUGAAAUACAUGAUAAUAUAAUAUUUUGAUAUUAUUGAAUUUUAAAAGAUAUUGAC